AUGGAUAAACAAACAUUAUUAGCUGCCCUUACAGGUACAUUGGCUUCAGACCAACAAAUCAGGAAGCAUAGUGAACAACAAUUACAUGCAUUCGAACAACAACCAGGGUUUACCGCAUAUUUAUUAGAUUUGAUUACUGAUGCAACAGAAAACCAGCCAGGGGUGAAAACAGCUGCUGCUAUUUUCUUCAAAAACCGAGUCGUCAAUUACUGGGUUGUUCCUGAAAACAAACAACACACUGCAUUCUACCUUUCAGAGACUGAAAAAUCCAGCAUAAAAGAAAAGUUGGUGUCCACAUUGUUUGCAACAUAUAAAAUUCAACAGAUCAGAUUACAAUUAUCUACUGCAUUGAACACUAUCUUGAGUUAUGAUAAAUGGGACGAGUUAACCAAUAUUAUCCAGAAACUAUUGUCUGAUGAAUCCAACAUCGAUCAUGUUUUUACAGGAUUGAUCUGUCUUUACGAAUACACCAAAAAUUACAGAUGGGCCGGUUUUGAGCUGAACAAUUUUGUUAAUCCUAUAUUGGAGGAAAUUACUCAGAAAUUGUUCCCACAAUUGGAAAAUUUGGCCAACAAGUCGAUCGAAAGCGACAACAAGGUUGCUGAUGAAAUGCUCUACUUGAUUAUCAAGAUUUUCAAAUUCACUUCAUACUCUUCAUUGCCAACAUAUUUUCAAGACUCCAACAACUUGGGAAAAUGGUGUCAAAUUCAUGUGUUGAUAAUCAGCAAACCUUUGCCCAAGGACGUUUUGGAAGAAGAUCACAUUGAAAGCAGAAAUUCUCACCCAAGAGUGAAAACUGUUAAAUGGUGUUUUGCUAAUAUGAAUAGACUUUUAAGUAGACACGGGGGUGGGUACUUGACCAAAUCCAAAGAAACAAAUCAAUUCGCACAAAUGUUCAUUUCUAACUUUGUUCCUGAAUUGUUGAACGCUUAUUGGAAGAUUAUAGAGUCAUGGUCAAAUAAAACAGCUUGGCUCAGUGAGAUUUCUUUAUAUCAUAUGAUAUCAUUCUUAGAGCAAAUUAUUGAGACUCCAGCUUGGUCUUUGAUCAGCGAUAAAUUGGAUGCAAUUAUCAGACAUGUAAUUUUACCUACUUUAGUGGCAACCCCUGAGACUGUGGAAUUAUAUGAAGACGACGCCGACGAGUACAUUAGACGUUUCUUUGAUAUCAAUCGUGAACAAAGCACCUCAGAUGUUGCGUCAAUAAAUUUUAUUUAUCGUUUGUCCAACAAAAAGUUCAAGCUGACAAUAGGAAUGGUUUGUCAAAUUAUUAAUGAGAUUUUUACUGAAAGAAGAAACAAUUCCGAGUCUUCUGACACAGCCAUGAAAGUGGAAGGUGGUUUGAGAAUUUUGUCGACAAUUUCUUACAAAUUAGAUUCUAAGUUUUCCCCCGUAGCAGGUCAAGUUGAUAAUUUACUUUUCACAUUUGUAUAUCCAGAGUUGCUGCAAGAUUGUGCUUCCAAGACUCCGUGGUUGACAGCUAGAGCAUGUGACACAAUUGCUAUGUUUCAUGACCAUCAGUAUACUGAUAUGAAAAUUUUGCAAGAUAUUUUCCAAAGUGUUGUUACAUGUUUCUCCAACGAUGCACAGUUCCCGAUACAAUUGACUGCUGCAGAUGCGUUGUCUACGUUAGUUAAAGAAGAUUCGGUUUCCCAAUUAGUUGCCGAUCAAGCGCCACAAUUGAUGGGAAUACUUUUAGAAAAAUCAAAGCAAUAUGAAAGUGACAUAUUGACCAAUGUUAUGGACAUUUUUGUGGAAAAGUUUGCGAAGAAUUUGGAACCAUACGCAGUAGAAUUGGGAUCCAAAUUAGUUGAACAAUUUAUCAAAAUCGCAAGCGAGAUAUUGGAGACAAAUGGUAGUGGGCACACAGACAAAGAAAUCCAAGCCGCUGGUAUAUUGAACACCUUAACAACCUUGGUUAUAUCGAUGUCAAAUGCCCCCAACGUGGCUUUACAAUUGGAAUCUGUUUUGAAAGAUUUAAUUAACUUUAUAUUCGAAAAUGCUAUGAUUGUCUUUUUAACAGAAGUAAUCGAAAUCUUAGAAUCGAUUUUAUUUGUCAGACCAGAAGUUUCACCGGUUAUCUGGAAUAUUUUCAAGGUUGCUAUUGAGUCGUUUGAGACCUAUGCAUACGAAUACUUUGACUCAUUCCAACCAUUUUUUGAAAGUAUCAUUAACAAAGGAUUUGAGCAACCUGAUAUUACUAUAGCAGAUGAACGUGUUCAAGCAUUGAUGAAUGUAUGUUUCACUAUAUUGAAAGACGAAGAUACGGAUCCUGUUUUUGCACAUCUGGCUUUUGAGAAUAUCGAGUUGACAGUUUUGGCUCUUAACCAGAGGUUUGCAAGCUUCUUACCACAAUUUUUACCAGAAAUCUUUGACAUUUUCACUAAAUUAGAGAGCCAAGAUGCCUUUGACGGAUACAUGCUACAUCAUUUGUCUAUUUUGAAAAUAUUGUUUGCUUGCAUAUAUGUUGAUCCAGCUGUCACUGUUCAAUUUAUUUUGUCGAAAGGAUUUUUGGUGGACUUUUACAAGUUGUGGAUUAAGUACAGCUCCGACUUUCAAAGUGUGUACGGUUGCAAAUUGCAAGUUUUAGCAAGUAUGUCUAUCUUGAACAAUGACAAUGCUGUUAAUUUAAUACCAGAGGAUUUGAUCGGAGAAACUGUCGAUUUAUUAUUGUCAAACAUUGCUACUUUACCGAGUGCCAUCAAAGCCAAGAAUGCCAUCUUAUCCAGCGAAUCCAGUCAAAAGACACAGCAAAAGGUCAUGGAGGACAAUGGUGAGGACGAAGGUGAAGAGUUCGCUGAUUUUGAAGAUGACUUUGAAGUUGAUGAAGCUGAAUUGGAAGCAAUGAAGGAAACUCCAAUUGACCAGCUCAAUGCAUUUGAAUACUUUGCACAAAAUCUUUUAUCACUUCAACAGCAACAAAACAAGUACGACGUGUUAUUUGGAGGAAUUGAUUCGAAUAAGAAAGAGAUGAUCCAAGAGUUAAUUAAGAUUACUCAACAAACAAGAUAA